AUGUACCCAACAAUCGACCCAUCAAUCGACCCAACAAUCGACCCAUUAAUCGACGCAUUAAUCGACCCAACAAUCGACCCAACAAUUGACCCAACCAUCAACCCAACAAUCUACCCAACAAUCGACCCAACAAUAGACCCAACAAUCUACCCAAAAAUAAACUCAACAAUCGACCCAAUAAUCGACCCAACAAUCAAACCAACAAUCAUUCAAACAAUCAACCCAACAAUCAACCAAACAAUCAACUCAACAAUCAACCUAACAACCAACUCAACGAUCAACCCAAUAGUAGACCCAGCAAUCGAUCCACAAAUAUACCCAACAAUCAAUCCAACAAUCGACCCAAAAAUCGAUCCAACAAUCAAUCAACCCAACAAUCAACCCAACAAUAAACCCUACAACCAACCCAACGAUCAACCCAACAAUCAACCCAACAAUCAACCCAACAAUCAACCCAACAAUCGACCCAACAAUCGACCCAACAAUCGACACAACAAUCGAACCAACAAUCGACCCAAUAAUCGACCCAUCAAUCGACCCAACAAUCGACCUAACAAUCGACCCAACAAUCGACCCAAAAAUUGA